AUGCAAGCUCCGGUGCUGGUUAUGAACACCAAUAGUGGUGAGAGACAUACCGGAAGAAAAGCUCAAUUGUCCAAUAUUGCUGCUGCAAAGACUGUUGCCGACAUCAUUCGAUCGUGUCUCGGUCCCAAGGCUAUGCUCAAGAUGCUCCUCGAUCCUAUGGGCGGUAUUGUCCUGACCAAUGAUGGACAUGCUAUCCUGCGAGAGAUUGAGGUGUCGCACCCCGCGGCCAAGAGCAUGAUUGAGCUCAGCCGGACACAAGACGAGGAAGUUGGCGAUGGCACUACCACCGUCAUUAUUCUAGCCGGAGAAAUUCUAGCACAGGCUCUUCCCCAGCUCGAACGCAAUAUCCACCCCGUCGUCAUUAUCUCCGCCUUUAAGCGCGCCCUUGAGGACGCUAUCAAGAUCAUCGACGAAAUCUCUACACCCAUCGACAUCGACGACGACAAGGCUAUGAACCAGCUCAUCUCCUCUUCCAUCGGCACGAAAUUUGUAUCCCGAUGGAUGGACCAGAUGUGCGAUCUUGCUCUCAAGGCUGUGCGAACUGUCACCUGGGAGGCUGGUAAUGGCAAGACCGAGGUUGACAUCAAGCGAUAUGCCCGUAUUGAGAAAGUUCCCGGUGGUGAGAUUGAGGACAGCAGAGUCCUCGACGGCCUGAUGCUUAACAAGGAUAUCACACACCCCAAGAUGCGUCGACGUAUUGAGAACCCCCGAAUUGUGCUGCUGGAUUGCCCUCUGGAGUACAAGAAGGGAGAAUCGCAGACCAACAUUGAGAUUACCAAAGAGGAGGACUGGAACCGAAUUUUGCAGAUCGAGGAGGAGCAGGUCAAGUCCAUGUGCGAAGCAAUCAUUGCCGUCAAGCCUGAUCUUGUUAUUACCGAAAAGGGCGUAUCAGACCUUGCUCAGCACUACUUCAUGAAGGCCAACAUCACAGCUCUGCGACGAGUCCGCAAAACCGACAACAACAGAAUAGCGCGUGCUACAGGUGCCACCAUUGUCAACAGAGUUGAUGACCUUCAGGAUUCCGACGUCGGUACCCGAUGCGGUCUGUUCGAGAUUGAGAAGAUUGGCGACGAGUACUUCACAUUCCUUACCAAGUGCAAGGACCCCAAGGCUUGCACAGUCCUGUUGCGCGGUCCCUCAAAGGAUGUUCUCAACGAGAUUGAGCGCAAUUUGCAGGACGCCAUGGGUGUUGCCCGCAAUGUCAUGUUCCACCCUCGGCUGUCCCCUGGUGGAGGUGCCACAGAAAUGGCUGUUUCCGUCAGACUAGCACAACUCGCCAAGGGUAUUGAAGGUGUUCAGCAGUGGCCAUACAAGGCUGUUGCUGAUGCCCUUGAGGUUAUUCCCCGAACUUUGGUCCAGAACGCCGGCAAGAGUCCAGUCCGUGUCCUGACCGACCUGCGCGCCAAGCAGGCCGAGGGCAAGAGCUCAUGGGGUGUCAAUGGUGACUCUGGAACGAUUGUCGACAUGAAGGAGUACGGCGUAUGGGAACCUGAGGCUAUCAAGCUGCAAAGUCUGAAGACUGCUAUUGAGGCUGCCUGCUUGUUGUUGAGGGUCGAUGACAUUUGCAGUGCCAAGAAGGCACAAAUGGGUGGUGGCGCUCCUGGCGUUGGCGGAGGUGACGACUAA